CACCAUCUCUCUGUCCCCUCCCCACACCGGCCGAGUUAUCCUGGAUAACCACAUGUUUGCGCACCAAUGGCUUCGAAAAGUUCGAUACGAAAUAUCAUAACCUCCUCAACGUCUACAAUUCGCUGCGCCCAGGCUACCCAACCGAUUCGAAGACCCUUCAUCGAAACUUCCGCAUGCACAUUUUCAACCACAUCGUCAAGGCGGACUCCCGAAUAUGACACAGAGUCUGCCGACCGGCCGCGAUGGCAGCAGACUCCUGCGCGCAUGACGGCACCGUUCCGAACUCGACCGCUCCCGAAAGGACCUGUUUUCAAAGUCAAUGAGGACCCAAGGCGGCUGGACGAUGCGUACUCAAAAAUGCUGGGCUCGGGUGGAGACAAAGUUUUGAGCGAUGAGGUCAAAUGGUUAGCAGUGACGCACAAGAGCUUCGAUCAUGGCAGGAGAGGUUUCAAUGACCGAUUGGCUUUCCUAGGCCGAAGAAUAGUUUCGUUGCAGACAUCACUUGCACUUUUGAGCUCGCCUCAGGCAUCUAAGGUUCCAGAAGCCGACAACUUCGGCCGGAAACCUUACACACACGUUGCGUUGGAUGGUCUGCCCGGACUUACACAGGAGGCGAAGGACAGCGUCUUAGAUAAGUCUAGGUUAGCUCAAAUUGCGCAGCGCUAUGGACUUGACAAAGUGACCCGCUGGAAACCAAGGAAGGCGGAUAAUCUUCAAGGUUCAGGCCAGGAAGCUGUCCUUGCCACAUCCCUUUACGCUAUAAUCGGAGCAAUUGCACUUGAGCGCGGCGGAGAGGUUGCUAACAAAGUGACUCAAGAGAAGAUCUUGUCUCCUUUGGGAUUCACAUUUCAAUCGUAGCGUUAGCCGCUGAUUUUCACUUGUAGUUUAUCCAAUGAUGUAUAAUACUGUAAAUCAGGAGCGGUAGAAUGCACUAAUGUUAAACAAACGACCAAUGAUGGCCAGAGUCCUUUUAUUUGUUUGAGCAUGGCCUUAACACGGAGCAGUCAAGCAUAUAGCCAACUUUUGACACUGUCAAUCGACAAGCUCGUACCUGAGCGAAGUCUUAGAUCAUUAAAUUCAACUCGGCGCAGAGCUUGC